AUGACCUUGCACAGUAACAGUACCACCUCACCUUUGUUUCCAAACAUCAGCUCUUCCUGGAUACACAGUCCCUCCGACGCAGGACUGCCCCCAGGGACUGUCACUCAUUUCGGCAGCUACAACAUUUCACGAGCAGCUGGGAAUUUCUCCUCUCCCAAUGAUACCACCAGUGACCCUUUGGGAGGUCACACCAUCUGGCAGGUGGUCUUCAUCGCAUUCUUAACAGGCUUCCUGGCCCUGGUGACCAUCAUUGGCAACAUCCUAGUGAUUGUGGCAUUCAAGGUCAACAAGCAGCUGAAGACAGUCAACAACUACUUCCUCCUCAGCCUGGCCUGCGCCGACCUGAUCAUCGGGGUCAUUUCGAUGAAUCUGUUUACUACCUACAUCAUCAUGAAUCGAUGGGCGUUAGGGAACUUGGCCUGUGACCUCUGGCUUUCCAUUGACUAUGUGGCCAGCAACGCCUCUGUCAUGAAUCUCCUGGUCAUUAGCUUUGACAGGUACUUUUCCAUCACAAGGCCGCUCACAUACCGAGCCAAACGAACAACCAAAAGAGCAGGGGUGAUGAUCGGUCUGGCCUGGGUCAUCUCCUUCAUCCUGUGGGCUCCCGCCAUCUUGUUCUGGCAGUACUUCGUAGGGAAGAGAACUGUGCCUCCCGGGGAGUGCUUCAUUCAGUUCCUCAGCGAGCCCACCAUCACCUUCGGCACGGCGAUCGCCGCCUUUUAUAUGCCCGUCACCAUCAUGACUAUUUUGUACUGGAGGAUCUAUAAGGAGACCGAAAAACGUACCAAAGAGCUCGCUGGGCUGCAGGCCUCUGGCACAGAAGCAGAGGCAGAAAACUUUGUCCACCCCACGGGGAGUUCUCGAAGCUGCAGCAGCUACGAACUUCAGCAGCAGAGCUUGAAACGCUCAGCCAGGAAAAAGUAUGGCGGCUGCCACUUCUGGUUCACCACCAAGAGCUGGAAGCCCAGCGCCGAGCAGAUGGACCAAGACCACAGCAGCAGCGACAGCUGGAACAACAACGAUGCUGCAGCCUCCCUGGACAACUCGGCCUCCUCUGACGAGGAGGACAUUGGCUCCGAGACCAGAGCCAUCUACUCCAUUGUGCUCAAGCUCCCGGGCCACAGCACCAUCCUCAACUCCACCAAACUACCCUCGGCAGACAACCUGCAGGUGCCCGAGGAGGAGCUGGGGCCGCUGGACGCGGAGAAAAGCUCCAGUAAGCUGCAGGCCCAGAGAAGCAUGGACGAUGGUGGCAGCUUUCAGAGAAGCUUCUCCAAGCUGCCCAUCCAGUUAGAGUCUGCCGUGGACACAGCCAAGACUUCUGACGCCAACUCCUCGGUGGGUAAAACCACGGCCACUCUACCUCUGUCCUUCAAGGAAGCCACUCUGGCCAAGAGGUUUGCUCUGAAGACCAGAAGUCAGAUCACAAAGCGGAAGAGAAUGUCCCUCAUCAAGGAGAAGAAGGCAGCCCAGACCCUCAGCGCCAUCCUGCUGGCCUUUAUCAUUACCUGGACCCCCUACAACAUCAUGGUCCUGGUGAACACCUUUUGUGACAGCUGCAUACCCAAAACCUAUUGGAAUCUGGGCUACUGGCUGUGCUACAUCAACAGCACCGUGAACCCCGUGUGCUAUGCCCUGUGCAACAAGACAUUCAGAACCACCUUCAAGAUGCUGCUGCUCUGCCAAUGUGACAAAAGGAAGAGGCGCAAGCAACAGUACCAGCAAAGACAGUCGGUCAUUUUCCACAAGCGCGUGCCAGAGCAGGCUCUGUAGAUGCGUUUGAUCCAUAGCAGAGACAAAAACACGCACGUCCACCCACAUCCUUAGGUGGAGUUGGGCGAGGGUGGGGGCCAUGCCUGGCGAUGAUAAAAAAAAAAAAGUUUUUAUCACCCAGCUGUGAAAGAAGCUGCCUGUUUACUCACCCACUGAAUAAACCAAUUUUAAUAUAAAGCAUCAAAUACCAAUCAGCAAAAAAAAAAAAGGCGUACUACUGAAUAUAAAGAAAUUUAUUCUGAAAUAGACUUUAAGUGUAUUUUUCUUAAAGAGGAAACAAAUAUUGCUUCACAGCAGUUAUACACUCAAAUUGAUUCGCCUGGGUCUUUUAAUUCCCAUUAGCUCUGGAAUCACAGAGGAGCCCAGCUGGUCCCAGUUGCCACAUUCUUCCCAAGGAUCCCAAGUCGAUCCAGCCCCCUCGUGGAACACAGCAGGCUAGUGAAUCUGUGGUUGUGAAAUUAUUUCGUACAUUGCAAAGCUGAACCUUCUUGUCCCGAUAGAGCUUCUGUCCUCUCUUUGGUGUGUUGUUAAACUCUAGUUGUGGACUUGAUUCUUGAUUCUUGCAAAGUACUGUUCUGUGCAGUUCAAGUUUCGUACAAAUAAAAAUGCAUAAGUAUAUAUAUAUAUAUAUGUGUGAGUUCUGCACGCACACACAUAGUGUAUAUAACAUAAUGGAAACACUGAACUGGCAAAUUUGUCCUGCAAUAUAUGCUUUCAGUACUUUGGUAACUGAAGUUCUCUAGGAUCCUAAUACACUAUAAAAGUGAAACAAACCCAGCUUAAUGUUUUUGACCCUGGGGCUGUUUUCCACAAACGGCCCUGAAGAAUAUUCAGCAGAGAGCAGGCAGGCCUCCCACCAGGCCUGCGCAGAGCAGUUGGCCUGGAGAGUCAGGAGGCACCAUGGCUUGGCCAGCGUCUGAGUGCCCGCAGCCUCCUCUGCUGAUAGAGCUAAGUUGGGGUCCCUCUGAGCUCAGAGAA